AUGAGCAAGCAUACUAACUUUAGACGACACAACAUGGGUGGUCAUGAUGCAGAAGGGCUGAGGAACUUCUGGGAAAAAGUCAUCCAAGAGCAAACUAAGCAACGAGAAGGAGAAGAGUCUAGGUUAAGAAAAAGUGCCUUGAGCAAACUCCGGCAUGAGUGGACUCUGCGGCUGGAAGGCCAAGCAAGACAGCUCCAGGAGCACACAAAAACCCUGAAGGCACAGAUGACACUGCUGUCCAUGGAGGCUCUUCUCCCACCAGAUAAAACUGUUGCUUAA